CACUGUGCUACACACUCUGUGCAUGUAUCCGAUCCGUUCCCCAUGGGCAACAACGCAUAUUCUUUAUCUGAAGUGCUAAGGGUUGCAAAGAUCCAUCCUUUCUACGACCGCAAUGUGGAAUACCCUCCAGGUCCGGACACGAUCCAGGGGGUCCUCGAACGAGCUGCGGCGGAUUCUAGGGGACCAGAUCUUGAUGCUUUCUCAUUGCUUCAGAAGGAAGACUUAUAUGAAGUCAUUAAGCGUCUUACCAAUGAUCUGAAUCCGCAAAAUCACUACCGGCGUAGCGCCUACAUCAGUACUACUGGAGGGGGCUCGGGUGGUCUACCCCUAAUGUUUGCGACGGAAAGUAAGGAGAACCGCACCCAGAGACAGGUGUUUGGUACGCUGAUGAAGACCUGCGGCAUGGUCGAGUCCCAAGACUGGGUUCUUACGAUGCAUACUUCAGGGUAUCUUUACCGAUCCCUCGACCUCAUUAGCGAGCUCUUCGAGAAUGCAGGAGCUUCAGUUCUCUGUGCUGGGAGUCGCAUGACGCCUGCUGAAGUUGUCCAGGCUCUGGUGAACUACCAUGCCAAUGUAUUGACUGGCGACAGCAGCCAAAUCAUCCAAAUCAUGCACCACAUCUCCACCCUUCCUAGCAUCGAAAGGAAGCAGAUCAACCUCAACAAAGUGAUCUACACCUCCGAGCCUCUUACCGAGGUCCAGCAAACUCAUAUUCUCACCAUCUUGGGUCCAGUCCAGAUCUUUUCAGUCCUAGGAAGCGCCGAAGCAGGCCCAUACGGGCUCAGCAACCCAAAACUCACUGGCGAACAUACUCCCCCAGGCACACGAGACUUCAUUAUAGACACAAGGCUUGUUCACAUUGAGAUCCUGGACCCAUCCGUACUCGACCCUACAUCCCGUAGAACGCCGAUGCCCGAGACCGAACCGGGCAUUAUCGUGAUGACCUCAUUGCAGCGCCUCCGCAACCCGUUGGUGCGCUAUAUCACAGGCGAUAUUGGAUCUCUGCAUCCCAUGCCAGAGGCUGCCAUUGGAGUCAUUCCAGAUGUUGAACGGCCGCACUUCCGUGUCCUCCGUCUAAUGGGCCGGGACCGCCGGUUCAGUUUCAAAUGGUACGGCGAGCAUUUCGAAUUUCACAAUAUCACGAGUCUGAUGCAGACGGCGAACUCGGGCAUCUUGCAGUGGCAGGUUAUUCUGGGUUGUCUGGACUCGGCUCCCCAGGCGACUCUGGAGGUUCGCCUGCUUCGUGCUGCGGCGAUUGAGCAUGUCAUUCCUAAAGAGGAGCUGGUUCACUUGGUGGAGGAGUUCUUCUAUGUGUUUCCUGAAAACAGAUCCUUGUUUUCUAUUACCUUCCUCGACAGACUGGAAGGGUUUGAGAGAAGUAGCACGGGAAAUAAGGUCAUGAAUUUUGUGGAUCGAUUUAAUUAGUGAUUUUCUAUACGUGUAAGGGUCACAGGAAUGUAAAUUUUGGCAGUCCAUCGAAAGA